AUGUCGUACGUUCGGUUCACUGUACGCGCCCACAUUAAUGUAUUUACUCGAGUCGAGUUCGGAAAACCUAGCUCGUCCCGAUCCCCCGCCGUACCAUCAGUAGCCGCAGCGCGACCGGAGCGCGGCCGCCGCCUCGCGGUGGACGAGCCGCAGGUGUUGGCAACAUCUGUCGGCCGGGUGGGUCUGCUCCUGCAGUCGAGCGACGAUUCUCGCGAUCGAGGAGUCACCGCGAGUGGGGCCACCAAUCCUCGUCGCCGCAAUGCCAGCGAAGGUGUCGCGAAUGUCGUGAAUGAUGUCGCGAGGGUCGCGUCUAACGUUCCAGAAUCUGCCGUCGCCGGAACGACAGCGUGCGACGUGACGAAAGGGCGGUGGACCGCUGAUCCGUCGCUGCCGCUGUACGACGCGAGAUCGUGCCCGUUCAUCCCGAAAAAGUUCAACUGCGCUUCAAACGGACGGCCUGAUAACGAGUACGAAAAAUGGCGGUGGGAGGUCGACGGAAACGGAUGCACCCCACCGCAUCCGACGCGAUCUACACUCUGCGAGCUACUAAAGAACAAACGGAUAAUCUAUAUCGGGGAUUCGAUCAUGGAGAACAUGUUUUCAUCCAUGGCGUGCAUGGCUCAUCGACUCCUGGGAGCCCCGGACGUGACACCGGGGAAGGUGGAGCGAUCGUACUCGCUGCACUGGUCGCCGUGCAACAUCACACUCACCCUCAUCUGGAGUGUGUUCAUGGUGCAGACAGAAUGGGUGGACGCCAGGGACCUAUUCAAGGGAGGGCAGCUGGAUGUGAGCGCACCCGACAGCACAUGGGCAGAUGUCGUGCCCUCCUAUGACGUCAUCGUCUUCAACACUGGAAACUGGUGGAAACCGAGGCAGGUACAGCGCUACGGCCUCACACUCAACCCGCCCUUCCACCAAACCAGCAUCGUUGAAGCCUACCCGCACGGCCUCACAACCAUUCUCACCGCACUGCACCGCAGGCAGCGCGUUACGGCGCGCGCGUUCCUGGUUACCAGCGUGUCGUUCCAGUUCAACGCCAGCUGUCCCGCCACUCAGCCCAUUGCUGACAUGGCGACGGCACGCACAACGAUGGCGGUGCUGACCCGGGGGAAGAACGAGCAGCUGGUGACGGCCAUCAUUUCGUCUCUUAUGCUGCAGUUUUCUGAGGCGCCUCGACAGAAGACAAGCAUUAGUAGCAAGCUGGCAGAUGCCGUGCCACCUUCUCAGUAA